AUGAGACCACCGCGUCCUGGUGGACCGGGUGGUCCAGGUGGGCCUCCACCUGGAGGGGGUCCUCCUGGACCUGGACCUGCCGGCCCUCCGGCUCCAUUGCCUGGACCGCCGGGCUUGUUCAGUGGAUUAUGCAGCACCAUAUCUUCUUGUGUCUACUUUAUAUGCUGUUGUUGGUUGUUACAAGAUUGCUUUGGUGGUCCACCUUGGCCUCCGGCUGGCCCACUAGCUCCUCCCGAUCUUGCUGGGCCACCUCCUCCACUUGGUCCCCCCGGACCGCCUCCACCUCCGCCUCCUGGGCCUCCUUUGGCACCACUUGGUCCACCUACACCGCUUGGGCCUCCUGAUCCUUUUGGUGCCCCACUUGGUCCACCCGGACCUCGCGAACCACCACCUCCUUAACGUUAUAAAUUUCGUGUAUGAUAUUUUCUAUGCAUAUGUAUCCAAAUAUGUAGUUAUUGAACUAUUCGUUUUUCAUUCACUUUUGUUAAGCGCGAUAGAUGUUCACUCAUGGCAUGUAAUCGUAAAAUUUAUCAGACAAUGUAUUCUAUAGAUAAAAAUGCAUCGUUAAUCCAA